UUGGCCGGCGGCAUGCCGAGUCGCUCCUCCGCUCGGUUCACCUGCACGUGGUGGCGCGGUCGCGAAGGAGAGCGUCGGACUUGUUGCUGGCUGCAGCAGGCACAGGAGGACACAGCAGGGACACCCGGCACAAGAAGGAUUCGUUGGCGGGCGGGUGGACUGGAACCACCAGACCUCGAGAGUGAGAGUCGCAUUAUUAAGCUGUGGUCACAACAAGGUUCCUCCUCCCAUUCUCUGAAGUAUUUCUUUAUGUCGGUGUCGGAGCCUGACCAGGGGCUGCCCAAGUUCAUUUCUGUGGGGUAUGUGGAUGACCAGCCCUUCGUUCACUAUGACAGCAACAGCAGGAGGUCAGUGCCUCAAGUGCCCUGGAUGAAGAAGGCCGAGAAGGUGGAUCCUAAGUACUGGCAUAAGCUCACUCAGAUGUCGCAGGGGACUGAGGAGGUGUACAGAAUUAACUUGGCAAAAGCGAUGGAUCGCUACAACAACACUGAGGGGUUACACACCGUGCAGUGCAUGUCUGCCUGCGAGCUGAGCAACGACGGGCACAAGAGUGGGAGACUGCAGUAUGGCUAUGAUGGGCAGGACUACAUUAGCUUGGACACAGACACCCUCACUUGGACAGCAGCGGAUGCACCAGCCUUUGUGACCAAGGAGAACUGGGAGUCUGACGUAAGCAUUGCCGAGCAGGAGAAAAGCUACCUGGAGGAGGACUGCAUUGAGUGGCUGCAGGAAUACCUGGACUAUGGGAAGGAGACUCUGCUGAGGACAGAACCUCCAACAGUGAAGGUGGCACGUAAGGCAGGCUAUGACGGCAUGGAGACCCACAUCUGCCAGGCCCACGGCUUCUACCCCAAGGAGAUCGAGAUCAACUGGAUGAGGGACGGGGAAGUCUGGACUGAGGACACCUUCCGUGGACAAGGCCCCAACUCAGAUGGGACCUACCACAGCUGGCUCAGCAUUGAGAUGGACCCCAAGGACAGGGGCCGCUAUCAGUGCCACGUGGAGCACGACGGGCUGGAAGAACCUUUGGACUUGGUCUUGGAGAAGCCUGCCUUCAUGCCUGGGGCAGUCAUUUUGGGAGCCAUCUUGGGGGCUGCUAUUGUCCUGGCAGUUACUGUUGUGCUGGUGGCUGGUAUCAUCUUAUACAACACAAGUGAUCAGGGCUCGGACAUCUCUGUAGAAGAUAAGUGGAGGGGUCUGUGAGAAGUGGGCAUUGAUCGUAAAGAUGAGGACUCUUGCCACAGACUGUUUCUUUAGCAUGAUCUCCUGUUGCAGUGCAAGAUGGAAGCAGAGGGAAUCCACUGAAGCCUUGCCAUACAUUGCUCCUGCUAAGAGCUCCUGCUAAGAGGUCCUGGGUUGAGCACCCAUCCUUAAGAGUAGCUCUGGCUCAGCUCCAGCAUCCCGUCUCCAGUCAGAGCAAUUUCGGUUUGAGGAAUGCCUUUGUGACCCGUUUGGGCUACUUUUAUUUUCAAAAGGACUUUUUCAAAAAUGAUCUCUGUGAGAAAUCUGAUUUUUCUGGUCUUUAACUGUGAUUAAAAAUGAUGAGAAAUAAGUAAAAUAUUUGCAAUAAUGAGCUUUUACAAAGAGUGAGAAUGAUACAUUUAUUAUUUGUGCUUCUAUUAGAGGCUGAGAAUCAAUUAAUGUGUCCACAGCCAAAAUAAGUCCAAGAAGUGCUCUGGCCAGUAUGCAAAUAUAUACUUGAUCAGGGACAGAUUAUUGCACAAAACACAUUUAGGGAAGGUGAUUUUUAUUUUUUUUAACAUUUAUAACCCGCUUUUACUCUGAGGAGAUUAUUAUCCUCACAACCACCCUGUGAGGUAGGUUAGGCUGAGUGAUCAUGACUGGCCCAGAGUCACCCAGUGAGUUUCAUGGUUGAAUGGGGAUUCGAACUCAGGUCUUCCCGGUCCUAGUCCAACACUCUAACCCAGGGAUUCUCAACGUGUGGGUCCCCAGAUGUAAUUGGACUUCAACUCCCAUAAUUCCCAACCAAAGGCCACUGGGGGUAGGGAUUAUGGGAGUUGAAGGCCAAGAACAUCUGGGGACCCACACGUUGAGAAUCCCUGCUCUAACCACUAUGCUAUGCUGGCUCAGCAAAAGCAAAAAAUCUCCCAAUAGAAGUUUUGAUGCUCUCUUACCAUCCAAACGGAAUUAAAAGCACAUUAUUAUUUUAUGAUAAGUUGUAUACCUUAGAGAGUGCCACCUUCUACGUUAUCCCCACCACACCUUAAGGUCAUUUGGAGAUGUAUGCCUUCAACUGUCAGUGGUACAGCUGCUGGCAAUUCAGGAUUGGGCCUUCUUUGCAGCUGAUCCUAGGUUAUGGACAGAGGUGCACCAAGGUAAUUUUGGAGCCUGGACGUAAGGCACCCUCUCCCCGAUUCAGGCGAGACAUUGCAAGGUGGUAGAUUCAGGCUAAUAAUAAUAAUAAUAAUAAUAAUAAUAAUUCAAUUUCUAUACCGCCCUUCCAAAAAUGGCUCAGAGCGGUUUACAAAGAGAAAUAACAAACAAAUAAGAUGGCUCCCUGUCCCCAAAGGGCUCACAUUCUAAAAAGAAACACAAGAUAGACACCAGCAACAGUCACUGGAGGUACUGUGCUGGGGGUGGAUAGGGCCAGUUACUCUCCCCCUGCUAAAUAAAUAGAAUCACCAUGGUAAAAGGUGCCUCUUUGCCCAGUUAGCAGGCUAGACAUUAUAAUGUCUAGAUUUCCUCACUGUAAGAACUCUGCAAUGGUGGAAGAGUCUGCCUUGGGCAGUGGUGGGCUUUCAGUUGAAGGAGGUUUCCAAACAGAGGCUGCAUGACCAUUUGUCAUGGAUGCUGAAACAUCUUCCCGCACUGACCAGGAAGCUAGACUAGAAGAUCUACAGGAUCCCUUCCGGCUCAAACAUUCUAUGAUUAAGGUCUUCCAGACAACCUUUUAGCACCACUGUGUGACCGGCAAUGGCUUAUGCUUAAUGCCUAUGCUCAUAUUUGAAGGUAGAUAUGUAUCUGUGUGAGAAACAGAGGGGGAAGAAGUGGAGGAAAUUGGAGCUGCCACCUCCCACAAUCUGGGAUCAUGACUACUUAGUAGUCAUUGCUUUCUUCUUUGCGAAAGGUGACUGUGGUGGGGAGCGGGGCGCUCUCCAAAUUCAAAUCUUUGUUCAUGAAAGUUGGGCAGAAGUCAAGCAGAGGGCUCAGGAACUGGCAGCUGGUGAGUUUGGGCAACACGCCCUCUGGCAGCAUACUCCCUCCCCAGGAACUGGACCUCCGCAAGACUGUGUGAAGCUGCCCAUCAGCUCUUGGAGACUGAAUGAGAUGCGCCUGCUUCUGCAGUAUACUGAUAGAGGUGACCUCUAAGUCCUCCCCAGCACUCUGAUUCGAAUACCCCCAAGCACUGACUGAGAUUUCCUUGACAUCUAACCAUGUACUUCCCUGUCUUUAGUUUCUCGAACCUGAUCUGCAGUUCACGUGUGAGAAAACAGCAGAAGAAAUCCAAUCCUAUCAGUUACUGGCUAUGAAUUAACUGCUAAGAGCUACCAAUUUUCAGAAGCAUUUGUAUUGACCAGGAAAGUACCACAUAGUUGCAGUGGGGAGAAAGCCUUUUAAAAAGAAUGAAGAUGUAUUUAAAAAGAUGAUGGGUCGUAUACUGACUAAGUAAACUGCCCACACAGAAGUUUUGGGCAGUAUAGAAAUAUGUAAAAUAAUAAAAUAAGUUAGUUAUGAGUAAGCAACUUUUAAAUCAAUGGGACAAGCUAAUCAGAAAUAACUUGUCCCAUAGAUUUCCAUGGGACUUAGUCAUGACUGAUUUCAUAAAUAUGUGAUCUAAUGUAUUUUUAUUGGUGUAAUUUCAUUUGCUCAAUUGUGACAUAAUUCCUGAAACAAAACAUUGCAAAGCAAUGGAAAAUUUAGUCUUCUCUAUCCUCUCCACCCCACUUUAAAGGAGGUGGAACAUCCCCAAUAAGGAAUCAAUAAAUAAACUACCAAGGGCAAAGGCAAUAAAUACGAUUCCUCCACCUUUCCACUUUUCCAUCUCCCCUUUUCCUCUCUCUCCUCAAUUCUUAUGCCUCUUAAUUUCUUGCUUUCUUCUUUAGCCAUCUUUCUUUGUAUUUCUCUAAGGGAUAUUUUUGCCUCUUUCCUAAUGGAUCUAUGUUUCCUUUUUCUCCCUUUGCUGCCUCUUUAGGACAUCUUUGCUUCUUUUCUAAUCAGUAUGGCCAACAUCCUGACUAAAUGUUCUUUAAGCAAUUCCACUGAAAUUAAAAGGCCAAGUUAGCCAUACCUAACUUGCCUUUCAGUUUCGAUGGGACUUCAAAUAAAGUUAGUCAGGGACUCAGGCAAUGUUUUCCCCCCUUUUCUUGUAGGGUUGCCAUAUUCUGGGUUUCCAAAUCUGGGUGCCUAAUUUGCAUAUUAUGUAAAUGCAGAAUAGUGACUGCAUGUUUUGCUCCAUAACUCCAGUUCUACAAGGGCUAGAGCUUAGCUGCUGCUUCUUUUAAAUGAAAGCUGAAAUACGAGCGAAUCUGGGUGGGCUAAGCAACCUGGGUGAGAUGCUUAAAAUCCGGGUGAAACCUGGAAUUCCGGGGGGCAUAGGAACUCUAUUUUCUUGGCUAGAAGGCUACCUUGUAUCUGAAAGAAUGCAGCCAGAACUCUGACUAUGCUCUUGCAUUCUCAAUUAGCUAUGAGCUUAAGUGGAAGUACAGGAGGAGUGCAAGGAGUGGAUUCGUGGUUUCGGUAUCUGCAGCAGUAGCUCAGAAUGGAACCCCGCAAAUACCAAGGUCCUCCUGUAUUCAAAUUCAAGAUGCCCACACUUGCUUGCCUUCAAGCGGCUAAAUAUUUACCUGUUUUUUGUCUCUCCCCAAAUGGGGGAAACCUGCUUGAAACUUGUAGGGCUUUUAAAAUAGAAGUGCAGGAGGAAGUCAAAGCAGAAUGCAUAGAAGUAGGAUAGAGCCUGUAGGCAUAUAUAAGCAUUUACUAUUAAUUAUGAUUUGCUGUUAAGGACUGCUUUGCAUUGUCAUGUAUUCAGAUCAAAGAUGCCCUUGCCUUAUUGUCUCAAACUGUGUUUUCUCUCCCAAAUGGUAGGGGGAAAUGGAUGGUUUUGAAGCCAAUUUAAGGCUCAGAAAUUGCACCACCAUCCCAACCACUCUUUCCACCAGUUCCAUCUCUUAAAAAUGCUCACACUCACCCAGCUCUUUACUGAUUGGAUGAUGAGAUGUAUCAGAUGGCUAUUAUAGCAUCAGCUAGUAAGGGAGCAGUGGUGACAGCAUCUCCCUGCCUGAAAGGACUUGUAGCAGACUUCUUUCCCCAUUUAAACUUAGCUUCCUCUCCACACUAUUGGGAAAGGCAGGUAGGUUUCCCCCUUAAAACUGAGCUUUCUUCUGCUUUGCAGUCUAGUGAAAAGCACAGGGGUUCUUGGAAAUAGUAGUCUUCCCAAGGGCUGCUGCAAUGCUUACAGUAAGGAGGAAGACAGCCCAGUUGUUUUCUUUGCGGGGUGGGGGGGAGAGGACUACAUAUUCUUCUAAACAGGGAGCAGCCAUCACCACAGUUUCCUCACCACCUAGAGCUUUGUUUGUUUUAUUUAUUUAUACACUCACACACAUACAGAAAUUUAUAUAUAUAAAUGAGUAAAGUCUGCUGCUCCAUCUCACCAUACAGGAAGGACAGGACAGGAGUAAGUGUACUUUUGUAGACUUGGAAAAGAAUAUUCUCUUCCAAUCUUCCACCUGGAAGGCAUGAGAAUAAUUUGGAGAAUUAUUCUCACUCUUCCAGGUGAAUGAUUAGAUGAUCUUUUUGAAGUCUACAUCUUGCAAAUGAAUUAUGGGAGGUUGAAGUGGUCAGCUCUCAUUUUGAAGUCACCUAUCUAAGCAGCCCCAAAUUCUUUUGUGAGCCAAAACCCUUUGAAUUUCAGAGGCACCUUUUAAUUCAUAUACUUUGUGGACUCAAAAUACUGUUAUGCUUCAUAUGCCUCGGUCUUGAAAAUUUAUUCAUUUACUAAGAGUUUGCUUGGUCUGAUUACACAAUUGAUAAUUUUUUAUCCAAUUGCUUGUGUGGGGUUUAAUGCCUUAAUAAACCAUUCAGAUUUGUUUCAGUAAAACAA